AUGCGUGAACCAGACAUUCAACGUCAACAUCAUUUUGAUAAAUCUCAUUUAUUAAUUUCAAAAUCAUCAUUAUCAUCCAUUCAACAAAACAAGUUAUUAAUAUGUGAACCAUCAUCAUCGACUAUAAAACAGUCAUCAUUUAAUUCUGAUCAACGAAGUAUUUCACUACGAUGUACAGAAGUUAAAACUACACCUCAUCACAAAUAUUCAACAGAUGAAAAAAAUCAUGUUAUAUCUAAAGAAUUUGAACAGUAUAUACCGACAAUUAGAAAUAAAUAUAAUUCUUAUUGUAUUGGAGGGAAAGAAAUCGUUUGGGCAAAUGGAACACAACAACAAUCGUCAACCCCACUCUCUCGUCUAAUUCAACCUUUACUAAAACCAUCUAUAAUUCAAAAUUAUCAUCAUGGUAUGAAGAGUGAACCAUUGAAACGACGAGAACAACAAGAUAAAAUGAAUUUAACAUGCAUCGAACAAACAACUUCUCCACAAAACACCGACUCGUUAGUAAAUGAUCAUAUUCAUUACACAUCGUAUGUAAUCAACGAUACUUUACUCAAAAAAACGACUUUACCCAAAUCUCGUACAUCUGAAUUUAACAAUAAUUCAUCUUCUAAUUCGAAUACAAACACAAAAGAGCGUCCAAAAACUGUAUUUACAUCCGAUUCAAAUCCUAUACCAACAAAUAGUUCAUCACGUACUCGCUCAUUAGAACGUGGAACAAAGAACAUUGGCAUCGUUAAACCUACAGUAAUUCAAGUAUCAUCAACACUCUCACCAAACGAUUCGACCCUAGUUACAUCACCCACAUCAUCGUCAGCGACAGCCUAUGAUUCAAAUUGGUCAUGUGAUGAAUUAGAAAAAUUACAACGAAGAUUUUCAGAAUUACUUGAUACGGCUAAAACAUGUACAAAUUCUAAUGUAAAGUCAACGAUAUUUAAUGAUAUAACAAAUUGUAAUGAAAAAUCUGCACCAAAAGCUCAACAAGAAGAAAUCGAUGCCACUUCGACAUCAUUAUCAUCCAGUCAUAUUGAAAAAAUACAGUCAUUGUACACAUCCAUGGGUUCUCAAGUGGUGAACACUGGAAAUAUGUGUAUACUGGAUAUUGCGUUUGGCUACUCGAUUCGGGUAAUUAUAUGA